AUGUAUCGUUGGACUUACUUCAUCGAUAUGGAUAUUCUAUCGUCGGUCGUGUGGAUCAAAAGUGGAGCAGCGAAAGCGACUCCAAUCAAAUUUGCACCGGAUGAAGAAGAACUCAAUAGUUUGAUCGCUAAAAAUGGGAUUCAAGACGACGAUGAGGACGAUGACAAAAGUAAAGAUGGUGAUAUGGAUGUUGAAAAACAAGAUGAUAAAAUCGACCAAGAUGACGAUGAUGAUAAUAUACUUAUACCAGGUGUAGGUCCUAUUGCAAUGCAUGCAUCCAAUACAGAUGAUCCUCUACUUGAAAUAAAAGAUGAUGGCGAAGAUUCGGAUGCGGAGGAUUUUUACAUUCGAUCAGACGAUAAUCUAAUCGUCGCUGCACAUAUCGAAGAUGACACUUCUAGUCUUGAAGUUUAUGUUUACAACGAUAAAGAAGGUUAUCUGUAUGUGCACCAUGAUAUAUUAAUGUUACAUAUGCCAUUAUGCUUAACAUGGUUAGACUAUGAUGUGAAGAACACAAAUCCAGUGAAUUAUGUAGCUGUUGGAAGUAUGGAGGGCGUAAUUGAAUUGUUCGAUGUUGAUCUCGUUGAUCAAAUGGAACCUAUCUAUACUUUCGGAAAGAAAUCUCGAAAGAAAAAAACAAAAUCAUCGAAAAAAUCGUCCAAAAAAUCAGGUGAAGGUCAUGAUGCAGCCGUACUAGAUCUCUCAUGGAAUAAACUUGUUCGACAAAUUCUUGCAUCAAGCUCUGCUGAUGCAACUGUUGCUUUAUGGGAUUUAAGUCAAAUGAAAAUGGCUUUACAUCUAAACAAAAUUCACGAAAAACAGAUUCAAUCAAUAUGUUGGCAUCCAACUGAACCGCAAAAUUUACUUUCUGGCUCAGCGGAUCAAACUGUAUGUUUAGUUGAUUGUCGAGAUGCAAAUAACAAAAAUAAUCAACAUCGUUGGACAUUCGAUUCAGAUAUCGAACGAGUAGCAUGGAAUACAUUCGAUUCCAAUCAAUUUCUCGCAUCUACUGAAAACGGAUACGUUUAUGCCAUGGAUAUUCGACAAACGACUAUACCUGUGUUCAGCUUGGCCGCACAUAGUGGUGCUGUUACUGGUUUAUGUUUGAGUUCAACUGUGCCCGGUUUUCUAAUGACGUCGUCAUUCGACGAAACUGUCAAGAUUUGGGAUGUAGAAAAUGGAAGUGUCACGUUCAUUGCUGAACGACAAUUUCCAACAGGACGAAUCAAUACAUGUCUCGCUAAUCCGGAUUUUCCAUUUACAUUCGCCAUUGGCGGACAAUCCAAAGGUUUACAAAUAUGGGAUUGUACCGAAAAUUCGAAUGUUCGUUCACGAUUCGGUUCUCGUGCAAAAUUCGAAAUGGUCGAAGUAUCAUCCGCUGAGACUGAAGCUACCGAACCAAAAGUGUCAUCUUUUCCAACUACAACGCCGAAUGUAACCUCGGCUGUAUUAAAAGCUCAGCGAAAAAAAUUGUCUAAAAAGAAUAAAUAA